AUGGCCAGUCUUCCUGGCUUGAAUGACUCCCUGCACCCGGCGGACUUGGGUGUUGACUUGAAUGAACCCAAACAUGUCUCUAUCACAGCAGGUUCUGAGUGGAGAGUUGAUGUCCCUCAGGAAUCUAAAUUAACUAUAAAAGUGCACUCAGGCGUAGCAGAGAUAUUUGGAACCGAGCUUGCUUCUGAUGUUCCCUAUGUGUUUCAGGGUACGAAGUUCGCUGUUUAUGCUGUGGAGGACGCUGAGUUCGAAUGGACCUCUCCAGAAUUGACAAGCCACUCGAUCUCUAGCGAUACUAACAUGAAGUUUAUCUAUAACGUACAUUUUGCGCUAGAGAAACUGAGAGUUUCUAGCUUCGAAGGACCCCGUGUGCUAAUUGUUGGCGAGUCAUGCACGGGCAAAACCAGUUUGGCUAAGACGCUAUGCGCAUACGCCAUUAAGUUCAAAGCGCAUCAGCCUAUGAUGGUCAACUUGAACCCUCAGGAAUGCAUUUACUCUCCUCCAGGGUGCUUGACCGCUACACCUAUAUCUGAUGUCAUAGAUGUUAGCUCUAGUACAUGGGGCCAAAGCAUGACCAGCGGCGCCACUAAGCUGCACAAUAAGCAGCCUAUAGUAAAGAGCUUUGGGCUGGAGCAAAUAUCGGAAAACAAAGAGCGAUAUGUUAGCACCUUCCAGCAGCUAGCAAAUGCGGUCCGAGGUAGAGUUCAAAAUGACUCAACGGUUCGCCGCUCUGGUUUGAUCAUUGAUACACCUCCACUUGGUCAACUAUCGGACGAUUUCAGUGAGCUCAAAGAAAUUAUUUAUCAAUUCAAAGUGAAUGCAGUGGUAGUUUGCGCAAAAGAUGACACACUUGCUUUGAAACUAAAUGAGCAUUUGCCUGUAGAGACCCUGGCUAUAGUCAGGCUUCCGACAUCCAGUGGUGUUGUACAGACCGACGAUGUUUACAAGAGGGCACUUCAGCGCAAUGCUAUCAGAGAAUACUUUUAUGGAGAUUUCAACACUGUGCUGAGUCCUUACACUAUAGGGGUUGACUCUGACAUGAUCACGGUAUGGCAACCAAAGAGCGUUUUGGUGCAAAGUGAUUCACAAGACGACCUUUUACCAGUUGAAAUCAAUGCUAGCAACCUGCAGCAUGCUUUGGUCGCCAUCUCGUAUGCAUCCAGAAGAUCUUCAAGCGAAGAAGUCUCGGCAAGUCCCAUUUUAGGUUUUGCUUUAAUAAUGGAUGUUAAUGAUACCAAGAGAAAACUUAGAGUACUUCUACCCGUCCCUGGUUUGCUUCCUGAUAAAGCAAUGAUUCUAACUGCAUAUAGAUAUUUAGAGUAA